UACAAAGUUUGACAAAUGACGCAUACCUAUCAACAUAAACAAUAUUUGAUGGGAAGUGAACAAUAAUAAUAAUAAUUCACAUAUUAUUACCUUAAAAAUAAUAAAUAAACAUGUUGACUUCCAUGGUUAAGGAGCACCACGCUAAACAAGUCAUUAAAAAGGAAAUUCAAGAGAGUAAAAGAAAAGAGGCUUGUGCCGCCGCAAGUGACUUAACCCAAGCCCUAGUUGACCACCUUAAUGUAGGGGUUGCCCAAGCCUACCUAAACCAGAAAAAACUAGAUGCCGAGGCCAAACAGCUACACACCAGCGCCCUUGCAUUUUCCAAGCAAACCCAGCACUGGCUCAGUCUAGUGGAUAGCUUUAGUAGUGCCUUAAAAGAGCUGGGGGACGUGGAAAACUGGGCGAAAACCAUCGAGGGCGAUAUAAGAACCAUCACAACAGCCCUGGAGAUUGUUUAUAAAAGUUCCCAGGAACAAAGCGAGAGUCAGUAAAUAAUAAACCAGUUGAAAAGUAAAA